CGGGUCUCCGUCUUCCUUUUUGGCUCCUCCUUUUCUUCUUCGUCCUCCUUUCUUGCCUGGUUCUUUACUUCGUUAAAUUAACUUCCCAUUUUCUCAUUUCUUAAUUCUCUGUCAAAACGCCAUGUCUGGAAGAGAAAUUCUCCACAAAAUGAAGGUGAAGGCUUUUGGUUCAUCAACAGCUGAUACAGGGAAAGGGAAAGGCAAAAUGUCAAAGCAUAUAACACAUGGUUUUCAUUGGGUGAAGGGAAAAUCAAAUCAUCCCAUGGAAGAUUAUGUUGUUUCAGAAUUCAAACAAUUAAAUGAUAAUGAGUUGGGUUUAUUCGCAAUAUUUGAUGGUCAUUUGGGUCAUGAUGUUGCAAAAUACCUGCAAACUCAUCUGUUUAGUAAUAUCUUGAAAGAGGGAGACUUUAUGACUGAAACAGAAGAUGCAAUAAAAAGAGCUUAUCACUCAACAGAUGCUGAAAUAUUGGAUCAAACAGUUCAUCUGGGCAGAGGAGGCUCAACCGCGGUAACUGCAAUACUGAUUAAUGGUCAGAAACUGGUAGUAGCAAAUGUAGGAGAUUCUCGAGCUGUAAUAUGCAGGAAUGGUGUGGCCACACAACUAUCUGUUGAUCAUGAACCAAGCAAGGAAAAGCGGAUGAUUGAGAGACGUGGUGGAUUUGUAUCAAACCUUCCAGGGGAUGUCCCCCGUGUCGAUGGGCAGUUAGCUGUAGCCCGGGCAUUUGGUGAUAGGAGUUUGAAGUUACACCUUAGUUCAGAACCAGAUGUCAAGAUAGAGAUGAUUAACGAUGAUGUAGAGUUCCUCAUUCUUGCAAGUGAUGGGAUAUGGAAGGUGAUGUCAAACCAAGAAGCGGUGGACACAAUCAAACAUUUAAAGGAUGCUCAAGCAGCAGCAAAACGCUUGAUAGAAGAGGCAAUUUCGAGGAAAAGCAAGGAUGAUAUAUCUUGCAUAGUCGUGAAGUUCAAUUAAUACUCUCUGUGUUAGCCAAGUUUCAUAUUUGCCCUUAAUUAUAGUGCUAAACGUGUGUGUAUGAUGCCCUGCAUAAAUUCGUUCUCAUUUCUAGCUGUAGAAUUUUUUGGCCCUUGCCAGGACAGAUGGUGAAAAUGGUUGCUUAUUGCUUGAAAUUCUUCCCUUCUUUUUCUCAGAAUCAAGGAUUACUCAGGAGGAAUAAUAGAUCAAAAGGGCUACCACCAACGUUGGGCCAAAUAGGCCCUGUAUUUGAGUCUUUUGGGUUUACUUGGUGGCCCAUAGACCAAAAUUAACGGCUCAAGAUACCCUUGUUUAUUAUACAAGCCCAAAGUGAUUUGACCAAGAGACAGGAAGGUGGCCCAACAGGAUAAGCA